GAAUGCGUAGCCAUUGUUGGUGCUGCGAUCGUUAGUUUCUAGAUCCGAGAUCGUCAUGGGCACGGAAAGCCAUCCGAUUGUACGAGACUCCAGGAAAAUGUCGGUGGAGCUCGGCACGAGGCACUGAUACGAUAUUAGUGCGAGAGAUUGACGUCCGCAUUCGUAAGUGUGGAACUAGUUGGUCGGGCCGCGUCCGCGUUCGUCGCGUAUGCGAACCGAACGCUCGCACGAGUGAGAGUGAGUGAGUGAGUGAUACGGUGGGGCACACUCGGCGGCGGCCAUAACACCGACCAACCAAACUAGCGAGCAGGGAGAAAGCGUAGUGCGAGUCGAGUGUUCAAGACGUAGUGGUAGUGUUUUUCGAUAGAAUUCCUCGGAACAGUGGACUUCCAUUGAUCAGAAACGAAGCCAAGAUGCAGCAGGUGGAUACUAUCUCGCAAAAUAAUUCGUUAGAUGUGGAGGAGCGAGAAAGGCUGUGUAAUAUACCGAAGACAAGUGCACCUGGUAAGACAUCGACUACACCAGCGGUUCCUGCAAAGGAACCACCACCACGUGAUGAACCACCAGUAGAACCGGUGAAUGGUGUAGUCCAACCACCUGUGGUGCCACCACCUAAUCGCCCAGGACGUGUUACCAAUCAACUACAAUUUCUACAAAAAGGUGUGCUCAAACCAGUAUGGAAGCAUCAAUUCGCGUGGCCUUUUCAACAACCUGUAGAUGCCAAAAAACUCAAUUUACCAGAUUACCACAAACUUAUAAAACAACCAAUGGAUUUGGGCACAAUCAAAAAAAGAUUAGAGAAUACUUAUUACUGGAGCGGGAAAGAAUGUAUUCAAGAUUUCAAUACAAUGUUCACCAAUUGUUAUGUUUACAACAAACCUGGGGAAGAUGUUGUGGUUAUGGCACAAGCCCUGGAAAAAUUAUUUCUUACAAAGGUUGCACAAAUGCCAAAGGACGAGGUAGAACUCGAAGUUCCUGUCUCGAAGGGACCCAAAGGCAAGAAAGCUGGCAGGGUUGGAGCACCAGUGGGCGGAGUAGCAGGGGGUGCAGGAGGUACAGGUCGAGGUCGACCUUCUUCUGGUGCAGCUGCAGUUACUUCCAGUGUACCAAAUAGCUUAACGCCUUCAGCUACGUCUGCUGGAACAACAGGCGUUAUCCCCAUGCCUCCACUUGGCACCCAAGCACCUGCAUCUGUACCUGGGAGCACGAAUACGACUACUAUUGCUCCUCCAUCAAGCAUGGGAGUCACUCCCAUGGCAACUCACAAUUCUUUGCCUCAACAAGUGGUCCCUCCAACUAGCGGUUACCAUGCACAACCAGCAAUGGACCCGCAAGCAGCCUCUGCAGUACCCCCUCCUCCACAAGUUCCCACUGCACCUACAGUAAUGCCUCCAUCACAACCUGCAAAAGUUAAAAAGGGAGUGAAGAGAAAGGCUGAUACUACAACUCCUACUGCAAAUUCUUUUGAGCCUUUAUAUAAACUGGAUCCUAAAAAUGCCAAAAUACCUACAAGACGAGAAUCUGGCAGACAAAUAAAAAAGCCUCAGCAUACCACGGGAAAGUCGAAGGAAAAACUUUCCGAAGCUUUGAAGUCCUGCAAUGAAAUUUUGAAGGAACUGUUUUCGAAAAAGCAUUCGGGUUAUGCGUGGCCCUUCUACAAACCGGUGGAUGCAGAAUUAUUAGGUCUUCACGAUUAUCAUGAUAUAAUCAAGAAACCAAUGGAUCUUGGUACCGUGAAGACGAAGAUGGACAACCGUGAAUAUAAAACAGCACAAGAGUUUGCUAGUGAUGUACGACUCAUAUUUACGAAUUGUUAUAAAUAUAAUCCUCCUGAUCAUGAUGUUGUCGCAAUGGCUAGGAAACUUCAAGAUGUAUUCGAAAUGAGGUAUGCGAAAAUUCCGGAUGAACCAAUGGGAGGCAUGGUAGGCAUGAAAGGUAGCAGUAGUAGCGCCAGUAGCUCGGGGUCUGAAAGUUCUUCUGAAAGUGACGAUUCAGACGAAGAACGUACCCAAAAGUUGGUUGCUUUGCAGCAGGAGCUUAAAGCUAUGCAAGAGCAAAUGAGGAUACUUGUAGAAGAAAGCGGUAAAAAGAAGAGUAAAAAGAAGAAACCAGAAAAGACAAAAUCAAGGCCAAUGAGCAAUAAAAGUAGUAGCCUUGGCGCGAGUCAUACUGGUGCCGCGAAAGAGCUGAUGAAACCAAGUGGUGGAAUUCCAAAUGUGUCGGACAGUGUUGGUGCUAGUAUAGCGAGUGUUGCAAUGGGGGCAGGUGAUUUGAAAAUGCCUGGUGGUAUGGGUGGUGAUCUUCAUCAUUCAGCUAUAACAGUAGGACCUAACAAAACUCAUGCGCCAGGAAGUAUGAGUCAUCAUCUGCCAACGGCGACAAAUGCUAAGCCAAAGGGGAAGGGAAGAGGACCCGGUAAAGCUGCAACAGCUAAUACUGCAAAUAAAAGGCCGAAAGCAAACAGCAGAUCCGCUGGAACUAAAAAGAAGAGUGCCAGUAGUCAACCACCUCCGAUUACAUUUGACUCGGAGGAUGAAGACAAUGCUAAACCAAUGUCUUAUGAUGAGAAGCGGCAACUUAGCUUGGAUAUCAAUAAAUUACCUGGAGAUAAAUUAGGACGAGUCGUACAUAUAAUACAAUCUCGAGAGCCUUCAUUAAGGGACUCAAAUCCAGACGAGAUAGAAAUUGACUUUGAAACGCUAAAACCAUCCACUUUGAGGGAAUUAGAAAGCUACGUCGCUUCGUGUCUCAGAAAAAAGCCACAUAAGAAAGUUAGUGGUAAAUCUAAGGAUGAACAAAUGGCGGAGAAAAAACAGGAGCUAGAAAAAAGGUUACAAGAUGUUACAGGGCAGUUAGGCAAUGUUAAGAAAACUGCUAAGAAAGAAGACAGUAGUAAAUCAGUUGAUGUAGUUGGAACUGGAGGUGCCAGUGGGCCUUCACGGUUGUCAGCAUCAAGCAGUAGUAGCAGUGACAGUGACUCCAGCAGUAGUUCACUUUCUUCGAGCUCCAGUGAUUCAAGCGACAGUGAAGCAGGAAAUUCUUCGAAUCGUUCUCCAAGAAAGAAAGCAAAGAAGAAUGCACCAAGCACAGGGCCACCCCCAACAACAACUACUGUUACACCGGCAACUACCUUGAAUCACACCGGAGGUCUUUUAAUAAACAGUCAACCCCCAACAAAUUCUACGGGACCAAUAACAAAACCAGCUGUAACUCAGCCUAGCAAUAUAUCUUCGGAACAAGGUGGUAACAAUCAGCAGUCUGCGGCAGUAACUGCCGUUAUAGCUGGUCAAGGAAUGCCUGUAGCGAGUCACACAUCUAUGCCUGCGCAACCAUCGCGGCCUACAGCUAUGGCUACGGCUGCACCUGUAAAAAAACCUACUCCACCACCGACCACUUCUAAUCCACCAACUCCAUCGGUCUCUGUACCAACUCCACCGCCAAGUGUUACACCCACAAACACAAACUCUAUGGUAGCUUCACCGGUUGUGUCGCAAUCACUACAGCCACCCACAUCCGUUAGUUCCUUUUCAAAUGCAAACACGCCUGUACCGACAGACGGGACAACUUUAACUCAGCCGUCAGACCUUUUGCAACCGUAUAAUACUCUAGCUCCUGUGCCUACUACGCAAACAUCAUUGGAACAAGCGAUGUCGAUAAAAAAAGAACCGCACAUAGCAAUGAUUCAAGCACCACACACGACAACAAAUAAUACCAAUUUGAAUUUACUGCCGGAUGUAAAAGCACCAGUAAACAUGAUGCCCACAAGUAUGGCUAAUUUAAAUUUGGGCAACAUAACGAUGGCGAAUCUUAAUAUGAAUUUGCCGCAAGGAUUGGCGACGCAUAUGUCGAUGCACAAUCAGUUGGAGAGUAUGAUAAAUACUACUUCGUCAUUGAGCAGUAUACAAAAUUCACAUAACGUUGCAAUGUCGCAGCAGCAUUCCAAUGGAUUUUCUAAUAUCAAGCGCGAGAAUUCUCCGCCUAAUAUGUUAAAUAACAACGGUAUACCUGGAGUCAGCAUGGGAAUCAAUAUGGGCGGAAUGAGUUCAAUUUUUGACCCCUUGCCCAUUGUUUCUAUGCCCAUGCAAAUAUCUCAAAUGCCAAUAAAGAAAGAAGAGAAACCGCUACCUAUUUCUCAACCACAAAUGGCUCAAAAGCCUAUGGAUGCCGGAGCUCUUUUUGCAGAAAUGAGUACAUUAGGAAUGCCACCAAUGGGGAAUCAUUCGAGUUCUCAGCUCAUGCCUGAAAAGAAGAUGACGCCACCAGACUCAAAGAAUCCUGCGGCGAAUUUUGCAUCAGCCUUUAAGAAUAAGACUGUAGAACAGAAUGUGAAAAAUGCCUCAUCGUGGUCGUCCCUGGCUCAAGCAUCGAGUCCGCAAUCUGCCACAGGAAGCAGCAUGAAGAGUGCUGCUAGGGACUCAUUUCAAGCAUUCAAAAAGCAGGCCAAGGAAAAGCAAGAUAGGCAAAGGGCUCUACUGGAACAACAAGAGAUGCGUAGACAACAGAAGGAACAGGCGGAGAGGGAGCGUUUGAGGCAAGAGAACGAAAGAAGAAGAGAGCGAGAAGAAGAAGACGCGCUAGACAAAGUUAGGAAAACUGUUGGUGACCAACAGGGAAGUGUAAUGACUCCUACAUCGAGGGCAGAAGAGGUCAAGGCCAUUGUCGAUACGGAUAGCAGUAGUCCAAGUCAUUCAUCCAGUCAGGACAAGGCGGCUGCUGAAAGAGAACGUCAGAGGCUACGGGAGCAAGAACGACGGCGCCGCGAAGCGAUGGCUGGGCAUAUAGACAUGAACAUGCAAAGUGAUUUGAUGGCUGCGUUUGAGGAAUCGUUAUAAUGUUAUUUGCUGCUCUUUAUAUACCCACUGAAACCGGGCAGGACUUGGCUGAAUGUUUGGCGCUGGACGGUACCGCAGAAAAAAAUACGUAUUAAUAUAUACGUCAGUCAAUAAUGAAACGAUAAAUAAUAACGAUAAUUUAAAAGAAAAAAGAACAAUACAGAGCAAACGAUAAAUCGAUAAAGUAAGAGGAAGUCGGUGUAAUAGUUAAAAAAAAAAAAAUGGUGGUGCGGGUUGGGACAUUCCAACGGAGAAUCCUAAUUAUGAUUGUUCGCGGGUAACACGGACAACUCAAAGAGACAGUUUAUUAAAUGACGCAGAACUAAUUGUGUGUAAUCGACGGACACCUAAGUGUGACCAUGUAAUUAGAUAAAAUACUUACACGACACUUUGAAAAUGCUACACUGACAAUUGUGUUACAUUUUUCCGGUUUUCAUAAGUUUGUACUUUAUGUAAAUUUGGAAACAGAAGAAAAAAAUAUUACGCAGAAUAUAAGUGAAAGCAAGAAUCGAGCGAUAGAGAGAGUAAAACGUGAGAAUGUCGCCGCGUGUAUUUGAUGAAUGCAUGUAGGGCGCACGAAAGAGAGAGAGAGAGAGAGAGAGAGAGAGAGAGAGAGAG